AUGCGCGCCGCGCUUUUCGAUGUCGGCGCAAGGCGCGCCGAGCAGAGCUUCGGCACGACCCAGAGGCACCGAAUUAGCACCCUCGUCGCCCUCCCGCGUGCGCUAGCCGUCAGCCGCGUGCCCUCCGCCGCCUCCGGCGCACCGUCGCUGCGCGCGGCGCACGACGCAGUGGUUGCGGCGCGGGCGGCGGGCGCGGGGCAGGCGAGGAGCGUGUUCGUUGAGGUGAAGAAAGGCGACGUGGAUCGCGCAAUCAAGAAGUUCAAGAUAAAGUUACGAAGUGACAACGCUAUCCGCGUGGCUCGGGCGAGGUCGCACUACUGGAAGGGCGCGGAGCUGAAGCGGCUGCGGGCCAAGGAGGCGGAGAUAAGGCGGCAGCAGCGGGACUUCCGACAGAAGCUCGCGUGGAUCAUGGCCAAACGCGCUAGGGGAUUCUGA